ACGAGUCGGACCAACCCUUAUCAUUCUCUAGGGUUUUUACUGUAAAAUUCCAUUCCCCCUUCUCCUCUUUCUUCGUUAGCUUUCUAAGUAAACCACAGUUCCAGCUUACAGGUCAUUCUAUCUCCGUUUCUCGAAGAAACUUUUUGAAGAAGUAUGGCGUCCCGUUUUUGGACUCAAGGCGAUAGUGAAACGGAGGACGAAGAGGAGAGUGAUUACGAGCAGGAGGAUGAUGAAGGGCCGGCUGAGACUACCGUAGCAGCAGCUGGGUCAAGAUACCUUGCAGCUGGUGACAGCGACAGUGAUGAAUCAGAUGGACAGAAGCGAGUUGUCCGGUCGGCAAAGGAUAAACGCUUUGAGGAAUUGUCUGCUACCGUUGAUCAGAUGAAGAAUGCUAUGAAGAUUAAUGACUGGGUCAGCUUGCAGGAGAGCUUUGAUAAGAUCAAUAAGCAGCUGGAGAAGGUCAUGCGCAUUACAGAAUCGGUUAAAGCACCAAAUCUCUAUAUCAAAGCUCUAGUGAUGCUGGAGGAUUUCUUGAGUCAGGCCUUGGCCAAUAAGGAGGCAAAGAAGAAGAUGAGUAGUAGUAAUGCUAAAGCCUUGAAUUCGAUGAAACAGAAACUGAAAAAGAAUAACAAGCAGUAUGAGGAGUUGAUUAACAAGUACAGGGAAAAUCCUCCCGAGAGUGAGGAUGAGGCUGGUGAUGAUGAAGAGUCAGAAGAGGAAGAAGAGGAUGAUGAAGAGGAGUUUGAGGAGGACCCAACAAAGAUUGCAGCUGCGUCUGAUGAGGAAGAUGACGAAGAUGAAAGUCGGGAUGAGACAGCGGAAAGCGGUACUGGGUGGGAGAAGAUGCUGAGCAAGAAAGAAAAACUUUUGGAUAAACAGUUCAAGGAUCCAAGUCAAAUCACGUGGGAGACAGUCAACAAGAAGUUCAAGGAAAUUGUUGCCGCUAGGGGUAGAAAGGGGACUGGAAAGAUUGAAUUGGUUGAACAGCUCACCUUCUUGACCAAGGUGGCCAAGACUCCAGCACAAAAGCUUGAAAUUCUGUUUAGUGUUGUGUCUGCCCAGUUUGACGUUAAUCCAAGUCUCAGUGGACACAUGCCUAUAAAUGUUUGGAAAAAGUGCGUGCAGAAUAUGCUUACCAUCCUCGAUGUUUUGACCCAAUACCCA